AUCAUUCCAAGCUGCUGCUGGAUUUGCCCCGCCAUGUUAGAGCUCUCCUGGUGCCUUCUCGCGCUGCAGCUGCUUCUCUUCCUCUUCACGCUCCGCCGUGCCGCGCGGCCCGCGCCGCCACCGCCACCGCCGCCCGCACCGGUCGACGUCGAGGCGGCGGUGGCAGAGGCGCCGCGGGCGAAGAAGGGAAAGGGGAAGCGGCAGGUGGUUCACAUUCGACCGGAGGACCGACGUCCUCCUGCAGUUCCGCCCCAGGUGCGCCCCCUGCGCCCCCGCGCCGAUGCCCGUGUGGACCCGGCGCAGCUCGUGCUGGUUGCUGGUGCUGAAGCGGCACGUGGAGCGGCAAGGGCUGCGGUGCUGAUUUUGCCGGGAGGGAACUAUGACAACUGCAACUUGAGGGGUCCUUUGGAGGUGGCGCUUUGGCUCCAAAGCUUGGGCCUCGCGGCCUACAUCUUACGCUUUCGGCUCCGGACAGAGGGACAUUUCUGGCCGGCACAGCUGGAGGAUGGCUUGGAGGCGUUGCGCCUCAUCGGCGAGGAGGUGGCAAAACGGCCGAUCGGUGUGUUGGGCUUCUCUGCCGGAGGACAUCUGGCCUCGGUGCUCGCCACUCACCACCCGCAUUUGCUGGCCUUUCAUAUCCUCAUUUAUGGCUCGACUGAUGUGGAAACGCCUGCUUGGGAUCCAUGGCUCACACGUUUGGGCUACCCGGGCAUUGACUUCAACACGGUGAAAGCGGUGAAUGCCCAGACGCCUCCAUUGUUUGCGGCCGUGAGCACGGAGGAUGAGAUCGCCUCCUACGAGGAGAACACGCGGCCCUACGUGGACGCCUGCCGGCGGUGCCGGGUGCCAGUGGAGGUGGUGCUGGCGAAGAUGGGAUCGCAUGGGCAUGGGAUGGUGGAUUUGUGGACCAAGCCCUGUGAAGCGUGGUUGCGCGCCCACCACUGGGCUCCGAAAAAAAGGAAAAGAAGUAAAUGAACACACGGCCGCUCCGAGUCAGGAUUUACAUGGAGUUACCUUUCACUCCUGUUCAACCAGCUGAUAUAAUAUAUAUAUAAUAUAUAUUAUUAUGUAAUUAUGUUCCUUCAUGAGUGUGUUUUGGGUAUGGAUGAGUUCCGUGCUCCGGACGAACUUGGGCAAGCGGACAUAGUACUCCUUGGUGUUCUUUCAACAAGUGCUGCUUGGUUAUACCAUGAUUCCGAUGGACAGACUAUCCCUUGGGAGGCUUUUUUGGGGUCAAAGCGGUUGGAGAACAUGCACCGCCUCUAACCACGCCACACCCAACAUUCAUUGAUGUCAAGAUGACGCAAGCAUAGAUUGUUCGAACACAGAGGAGACUGCAUCCAAAAAGGUACUCGCACCUGGAC